AUGGCCAAUGGUCUGCCUGGCCAUCUUCACGAAUUUUACCGCCUUGUCAAGGAGGCGCCCUGGCUUGGUGGUGACCAGGAAUAUUCAUGGCUCAACGAAGCAUGGCCGUACUCGUACAAUGCCAUUGUGCCAUUAGCCUAUCUUUCCGACAGUGAAGUGCUCAAGCAGCACGUCCUUCGAGUAACGCAUUGGGUCAUCGAUCAACAACAAGCCGAUGGAUGGCUGGGCCCAGAAGUAGACCUGGCCCGUCGCAACUUUUGGGGUCGAUAUCCGCUGUUCCUAGGGUUCAUGCAAUUAGUCGAAGCCGAACCCGAGCUAGGAAAAACCAAGAUCCUGCCUGCCAUGCACAAGUUCAUUGUAUUGAUGUACAAAAUGCUUUCGAACGAGCAUGAAGGCUAUGUAUCGAAGCCUGGGGACAACUUCGACGAGCAAUGGGGCAGGUCCCGUGCUGCCGAUAUGGUCCUCGCACUUCAAUGGCUCUACGAAAAACAUCCUAUGGGCAAUGAGAAGAAGAUCCUUCGAUGCAUGGUGCAUGUGUACGAGAAGGCGUACGAUUGGUCAUGGUGGUUCAGUGAAGAAAACUUCCUAAAAGAGGAUCUUGACACAUUUCCUGUCGAAGUCACGGACAAACUAUUCCCCUAUGUCCACGCUGUCAAUACAGGGCAGGGACUGAAAUGGCCGGCGGUGAUGCGGAGACUGGUGCAGGAGGAUAGUCUGCUCAAUACGACCCGAAAUGGAGUCAAUUGGACAUUCCAGUACCAUGGGACACCCUCGGGAGCUAUUAUCGGCGACGAGCGUCAAUCAGGACGUAGUCCUGUUCGAGGCACUGAACUGUGCAGUGUCGUCGAGACCAUGUUCUCGCUCAACUAUCUUUAUCAGGCCGUUGGCGAUCGUGACUUUGCGGAUAAGUCGGAACUGGCCGCUUACAAUGCCUUGCCGGUCAUGUUCAUGCCUCACUGGUGGGCUCACCAGUAUAUUGCUCAGACCAAUCAGCCUAUCAGCCAUCCUCUAGAGAGGACCCCGUUCUGGAACGUCGGUCCUCUAGGUCAGACGUUUGGGACCGAGCCCAACUACCCUUGCUGUACGGUCAACAUGCAGGGAUAUUCGAAAUGGAUUCCCGCGUCAUAUGUCAAGGUUGGCGAAGACGGAUUGGCACACGCACUGCUUGGACCUACGCAUGUCAGCACAACUUUGGGUAAACACAAUCAUGUCCGCAUCCGCUGCGACACGAACUAUCCAUUCACAAACUACCUCAACUACGAAAUCAAGGCGAAGUCUGCUUUCCGCUUCUCAUUCAGAGUGCCUGGUUGGGCGAUACUGGAUGAAAGCAGUGUCCGUAUCGACUCGGGCGAAGUUCACCAACUCAAGCCAGAUAAUGCGACAGGUCUGCAUACCAUUAUCAUACCUGCUGGCCGGACUAGAGUUCAGGUCAUGCUUGGUGCGAAAGUUCGCAUUGAGCCUCGGGCCAACGAUACCGUGUCCAUAUAUCACGGUGCUCUUCUCUACGCUCUGCCUGUCGGCAUAGACUAUCACCCUUCGAGGCCGGCGGCAUACCCAGGAACUUCGGCCCCGCCAGAAGCCAAUGACUGGGUACUCUUGCCUCGGGAGCCGUGGAAUUUGGCUAUCGACACAUCAACAUUGAUGUUCUUCGAGUACCCCAAUAGGUACGAGGAGUGGUUGCCAAACCCCAUCUGGCAUGAGGACGCGCCUCCUAUCAGUAUCUCAGCACUGGCAUGUCAGAUAGACUGGCAGUUGGAAGGUGGAUAUGCACCAAAUCCACCGCUCAAAGGACAACGGAAUUGCACGUCGAGAGCGUACCCGGUUGAACUGCGUCCGUAUGGCAGUGCUAAGUUGCAUAUGGCUGAGCUGCCUACUGUGGACUUGACCCCGGGGAGUCCUGAUCUGUGGUCUGGUAAGAAUGCUGCAGAAUAG